AAAGAAUACCUAAGAUGAGUGUAUACCACGUUACAUCAACAGCGCUCCUUUUAUUGGUGGUCAUUACAAUGAAUCCUACAACCGCAGCCGUUACCGCUGUCAAUGAUUCAUCAACAACAACUUGUGAACCCUCUACAACUGUCAUUGACGCAUCACCAACUACUGUUAAAGCCGCAGCCACUACAACCAUCACUGAGUCAACAAAAACAACUGGUGAACCCUCUACAACUGUCAUUGAUGCGUCGACAGUAACUGGUGAACCCUCUACAACUGUCAUCGACGCAUCGACAAAAACUGGUGAACGGCUACAACCAUCACUGAAUCAACAAGAACAACUGGUGAACCCACUAAAACCACCACUAAAUCAACAAAAACAACUGGUGAACCCACUAAAACCACCACUAAAUCAACAAAAACAACUGGUGAAGCAACUAAAACCACCACUGAAUCAACAAGAACAACUGGUGAACCCACUAAAACCACCACUAAAUCAACAAAAACAACUGGUGAACCCACUAAAACCACCACUAAAUCAACAAAAACAACUGGUGAAGCAACUAAAACCACCACUAAAUCAACAAAAACAACUGGUGAAGCAACUAAAACCACCACUAAAUCAACAAAAACAACUGGUGAAGCAACUAAAACCACCACUGAAUCAACAAAAACAACUAAAACCACCACUAAAUCAACAAAAACAACUGGUGAACCCACUAAAACCACCACUGAAUCAACAAAAACAACUAAAACCACCACUGAAUCAACAAAAACAACUAGUGAACCAACUAAAACCACCACUGAAUCAACAAAAACAACUAAAACCACCACUAAAUCAACAAAAACAACUGGUGAACCCACUAAAACCACCACUGAAUCAACAAAAACAACUAGUGAACCAACUAAAACCACCACUGACUAAACAAAAACAACUAAAACCACCACUAAAUCAACAAAAACAACUGGUGAACCCACUACAACCACCACUGAUUCAUCAACAACUGGUGAAACCACUACAACCGUUACCGAUUCAUCAACAACUAGUGAAACCACUACAACCGUCAAUGAUUCACCAGCAACAACUAGUGAACCCGCUACAACCGUUACCGAUUCAUCAACAACUAGUGAACCUGCUACAACCGUUACCGAUUCAUCAACAACUAGUGAAACCACUACAACCGUUAAUGAUUCACCAGCAACAACUAGUGAACCCGCUACAACCGUUACUGAUUCAUCAACAACUGGUGAACCCAAUACAACCGUUACUGAUGCAACAACAACUACCAGUGAAGCCGCUACAACCGUCACCGGUGUUGUUGACAGCAACGGAAGCAGCUGCAACAGUCAUUGAUUCAUCAACAAUAACAGGUGAACCCACUCCAACCAUCAUUGACGUGUCGAUAGUAACUGGUGAACCCACUGCAAACGUCACUGAUUCAUCAACAACAACUGGGGAACAAAAUACAUCCAUCACUGAGUCAAAAGAAACUGGGCAACUCACUAUAACAGUAAGAGGAUCAUCGACCACUACUGGUGAACACACUACAAGAGUCCCUGCUGCGUCGACCACAACUGGGGAGCCCACUACAACUGACAUUGAUGCAUCAACUACUACUAGUGAAAACACAACAAUGGUCAGUGGUGAAUCAAAAACAACUGGUGAACCCACUAUGACCGUCACUCGUGGGUCGACAACAACUGGUGAACCCACUACAACCAUGACUGGUGUGUCAACAAUAACGGUUACAGCUGCACCCACUACAAACAUAACUGGUAGAUUGACAUCAACUGUUACAGCUGCACCCACUACAAACAUCACUGGUAGAUUGACAUCAACUGUUACAGCUGCACCCACUACAAACAUCACUGGUAGAUUGACAUCAACUGUUACAGCUGCACCCACUACAAACAUCACUGAUUGA